GGAAUCUGAGCGGGGUCUGUCUACUGCUCAGACUGCAGAAGAGCAGAGGGGCGACUGAGCCAUGCUCCUGGCGUUGGGCUCCCUGGCGAACGCCCUCUGGGCAGGGUUCCAUCUCCGGCCUCUCCUGCUGGGUGUCGUCGUCUUUCUGUUCUUCGUUAAUUUCUUCAAAAGGAGGCGCCCAAAAAAUUACCCGCCGGGACCCUGGAGCCUGCCUUUCUUGGGAAACUUCUUUGUACUGGGCUUUGAAAAGCCUCCUCACGUGGUGCUUCAGAAGCUUGUGAAGAAAUAUGGGAACCUGUUAAGCCUGGAGUUUGGGACCUUGCAUACUGUUACUGUAUCUGGAUUGCCCUUAAUCAAAGAAGUCCUUGCCAACCAGGACCAAAACUUUCUGGGCCGCCCCAAGAGUGCUAUCCGAGAGCGUGUCUUUAAGAAACAUGGACUGUUCAUGUCCAAUGGCCAGGAGUGGAAGGAGCAAAGAAGGUUUGCUCUGAGGACACUAAGGGAUUUGGGUUUAGGAAAGACAAGAUUAGAAGAACGCAUUCAGGAGGAAGCCCACCACCUCAUCGAGGCAAUAGAAGAGGAGAAAGGACAGCCUUUUGACCCUCACUUCAAGAUCAACAAAGCAGCUUCCAAUAUCAUUUGCUCCAUUACCUUUGGCGAACGUUUUGAGUACCAGGAUGGUGAGUUUCAGGAGCUGCUGAAGUUGCUGGAUGAAGUCCCAUCUCUGGAAACUUCGAAGUGGAGCCUGCUCUGCGUUACCUUUCCUUGGAUAAUGAAAUUCCUUCCUGGACUUCACCAAACACUCUUUAGCGACUGGGAGAAAUUGAAAAUAUUUGUUUCCCGUAUGAUUGAAAACCACAAAAGAGAUUGGAAUCCUGACAAACCAAGAGACUUUAUUGAUGCUUACCUCAAGGAAAUGACAAAGCAUACAGGCAAUGCUACUUCGAGUUUCCAGGAAGAAAACCUUAUCUACAGCACGCUGGACCUCUUGUUUGCUGGAACAGAUACAACUUCCACAACUCUGCGCUGGGCUUUGCUUUACCUGACCAUCUACCCAGAAAUCCAAGAGAAAGUACAAGCUGAGAUCGACAGAGUAGUUGGCCAGUCACGGCAGCCCAGCCUGAACGACCGAGAGCACAUGCCCUAUACCAAUGCCGUCAUCCAUGAGGUGCAGAGAAUGGGCAACAUCCUCCCCUUGAAUGUGCCCAGGGAAGUGACAUUUGAUACCACUUUGGCUGGAUACCACCUGCCAAAGGGAACCAUGAUCCUGACCAAUGUGACCGGGCUUCACAGGGACCCUGCAGAGUGGGCCACCCCUGAAACAUUCAAUCCGGAGCAUUUUCUGGAGAAUGGACGGUUUAAGAAAAGGGAAGCCUUUCUGCCUUUCUCAAUGGGAAAGCGGGCUUGCAUUGGAGAACCGUUGGCCAGGUCCGAGCUGUUUAUUUUCAUCACUUCCCUUGUACAAAAAUUUACCUUCAGGCCCCCAGCCAACGAAAAGUUGAGCCUAAAGUUCAGAAUGGGCGUCACCAUUUCCCCUGUCAGCCACCGCCUCUGUGCUGUUCCCCGAGCGUGAUGCUGCUGGGAAAGGAGCAGGAGAAAAAGCCAGAAGAAACAUGGAAUGUGUUCUGAAGACCCUAGUGCCUGCUCAGAAGUGAGAGAACAGAACAGAAGUGGCUCUGAGGAAAGAUUGCAGGAAUUGGACUCAGAGGAAACUGAAUCCAGAUCCCGCUCUGCCGUCCCCUCUGAUGUCGCCUCAGGCAGAUCGUCUACAUUCUGAAGGAUUUGCCUUUUCACCCAGAAAAUGAAAGGGGGAUAAUGACUCCUCCCCUAAAAAGAGUUGCUCUAAGCAUCAAAGGAAGUAAUGGAUGUAAAUAAAGUGGUUUGUAAACCAUAAAAGUAUGUCAGAAAAGUUAUAGCUGUGGUCUGCUUCCCUCUUCCUUAGACAUGUG